UGAGCGUCAGCCGCGUCUCCGUCUCGUCUAGCGGGACUCAGACCGCCAUGUCACCGUCUCACUGCACCGCCCUGCCGGGGUGAACGGAGGACUGGACCCGCUGCAGCCCGGCCUAACACACCACCACAACAGAUUUCUGAUGACACCAUCUCCGCACCAGUGUAACGGUGGAUCUGCUUGCUCUGCCUCCCGUCCUCUUGUGCCCAGACAUCUAACCCCAGAAGAAGCAGUUCUCCGCUGCCAUGACGUCCAAGUCUGCGCUCCUGAAAGUCAUCCUCCUGGGUGACGGGGGCGUGGGCAAGUCUUCGCUCAUGAACCGCUACGUCACCAACAAGUUCGACUCGCACCUCUUCCACACUAUCGGCGUGGAGUUCCUCAACAAGGAGCUGGAGGUGGACGGGCAGCGCGUCACCCUGCAGAUCUGGGACACGGCGGGGCAGGAGCGCUUCCGCAGCCUCCGCACGCCUUUCUACCGCGGGUCCGACUGCUGCCUCCUCACCUUCAGUCUGGACGACGGGCAGAGCUUCCACAACCUGGCCAACUGGAAGAAGGAGUUCACGUACUACGCUGACGUCAAGGACCCUGACAACUUCCCCUUCGUGGUUCUGGGGAACAAACUGGAUGUUCCCGAGCGCCAGGUCUCUGGGGAGGAUGCUCGGCAGUGGUGCCGGGAAAACGGCGGACACCCGUACUUUGAGACGAGCGCCAAAGAUGCAACAAAUGUGGCCACGGCCUUUGAGGAGGCCGUGCGUCGUAUCCUGGCGUCGGAUGACAGAGACGAUCAUCUCAUCCACAACAACACAGUAGAUUUACAGAGGAAGACUCGCUCUGCGCCCACCUGCUGCUGAGCCGAGUGCUGAAUGUGACUGGAAGUAACCCCAGGGCUAUUUCUGCAGAAGUCACAUGAGGGUGGGAAUGUUGAUCCAGAAAUGAGGAACUGAUGCCGACUCAGCCGCUGCUCUACAGAGCGGCUUAUCCUCAGUUAUACUCUUAACAGAGAUCAUCAUUUUUAAAUCAGUCAUGAUGUUGUUUUUAGACCAAAUAUGAUUUUUUUUACAUCAUCACAAAACUGCUUGAAGAGUGUUCAUGACAGACUUCAUAAAUCUUGUGUAGUUAAUGACAAACCUCAGGACCACUUAUUGUCUUAAUGGAAGUUUAAAUACUUGAAGAGAUUUGAAACUAAUCUAAUUCACCUCCAGAAGUCUUUAAACGCACCAGUUCCCUCCAGAUGGUAUUUGAGAUGCACAAAUGAUUAAAACAUUCUUUGACGUCAGCUGUGGCUAAAAGUUGUGGCGCACAAAAAGAGAAGUUGGAAUGUGGUUUUGUUCAUAGAAGCAGAUGCAAGUUGCAGUAACAACUUUGGGCACUCAGCAUGAGUUUGAUCCUAAGGAUUUCGGACUUUUAAACCCUUUAGGACACAUUUUGUCAUUGUUUUCCUUAAUAUUACACUUCACAGAAUAAUACAUGUCCAUCUGUAUUUCAAACUUAAGAUGUAAACUUUUAUCUUUUUUUGUAAGUGAGAUGUUAUUUCCAGGUUUACAAUGACACUGGCAGAGAACAUGUGGAAUUGGACAGUUGUGGAUAAAUAAUGUUUUAACAAGCUAUAUAGUUAAAUUACCAUAUUUAACUAUUUAUUAAUUGGUAAUUACUCUUUUUAUCAUUAUUUUAAUUAUUCGAAACAUAAGGUUUAAAAUGAAUAAAAGUGCAUCAAACAUUG